GUUGGCAUCAGUUGCAAUUGUUGCGAUGCUGAAAUGAAUACAAACAAAAAUGUCCGAUGAUUUAAUGGGUGUUGUUCAGCGGUUCUUAUGUAAAUAAAUGGAUAUGGAUAAUUACUUUUAUUAAACUGACGUAACAACAUCCACUUCCAAUUUAAAGGAAGUCACAAUGGAGAUUCAACUUGUUAUAAAGGCUCCCAACCAAAAUAUUGAUGAUCAAGUUGUGAUGUGCGACUUAGAUUGGACUGUGAAAAGGCUUAAAAAUCACUUAUCUGAAGUUUAUCCUAAUAGACCAAUUGUUCAAGAACAGAAACUUAUUUAUUCUGGACGCCUUCUGCAUGAUCAUUUGCACUUGAAGGAUAUAUUAAGACACGAAGAUGAGCAGUCUCCUGUACAUAUUCUCCAUCUGGUCUGUAGCGGCAAAAAUAGUUUCCAGUCAUAUAGUCAGGUUCCUCAUUCUAGUCAAGAAAUUACAAAUCAGACCACACAAAGAUCCCAAGCCAUCAAUACAAACUCAGGUGAUGCAGUUUCUAGAGCUACAGAAGAAAAUGAAUUACGACACAGGAAUGUUCCAUCUGUGCCCCAAUUAAACAAUCCUUUCCCACCACUGCUGCAACCUGGAACAAUACAGCCAGUUGCAUUUCCUCAACUACCUAGUGAUCCACAGUUUGUUGCUCAAAUGGCAGCAAUGCAGCAAAUGUAUGCCUAUUACAUGGCUCAGUACAUGCAAAGCACAAAUCCUGGUUUGUUUAGUAGUAAUCCUACUUUUCCCAAUGUUCCGAGUUUUCAACCUCAGCAAAUAAAUCCUGGUUACAUUCCUGAUGACCAAGGGCAGAGACCAGAAAAUCAAAGGGUGAAUGCCCAAGGAGCACAUGUGGAGGAAAAUGAAGAAAUGGGAAACAGAGAUUGGUUGGAUCACCUCUUUGUUUGUUGUCGCUAUUUGAUAUUAUUCAGUAUCAUUUACUUUUAUUCUACUCCUGAAAGGCUCAUGAUUGUUGUUGUUUUUGCCAUCAUAGCAUUUUUGUAUCAUGAAGGUUGGUUUGUUAGGAGGCCAAAUCCUGCAGUUCAGGUAGAAGUACAAAUUGGACAAAGAAACCGACCAAAUGUUGAUCCUAAUGCUAAUAAUCCCGCAAAUGUACCAGACCUGAUUACAAAUGAGGAUGUACAAGAUGCUCAUGAGUUGGAAGCUGCAAUGGAUGGAGAUGACCCUCCCCAUGUUCAAAAUCCAGAUGUUGCCAAUAACAAUCAAAUAUUUUCCCCCCUGACUUUUCUUACUGCCUUUUUUUCCUCUCUCAUACCUGAACCUCCUCCUGCUGUAAACAUAAACUGAAAUUGAUGUGUUACUUGCUUUUGUUAUAUUUUAGGGAUGGAUGUAAUAUUUGAAGUGUUAUCAGUUGUGUAAAUUUAUACAAUGGCCAGUAAUUACAUAGAAUAAUAUAUUGUUUUGUUUUA